AUGGCCACACGUCCACGUGACAACUUCAUUCACCAGGCUUUGGGGCGGGACCUGUUGAGUCGGGGCGAAAUCAGGCUAUGGCUGAGCACAAUUGACUCCACAGCCGACGAAAAACGACGUGGUGCUGCAGCUAUGGUAGAUCAUUUCUUCGAGUGCCUUGCGGUGGACUCCUAUCCUGCACAGGGACUUGAGACCAUCUUUGGCAUUACCAUGUCUCAGGAGAGCCCGGGAGCAGCAAGAUCGAAGAGACUCGGCGAUUUGAUGUAUUGCUGCUGGUGUGAGCUCUACAAGAACCAGCGGCUCACGAAGUCUGAGCUUCUCAAUGCCAUUCUCCAGCAUCGACUGCCGCAGUCGUUCAAGGCCUUGAUUGAGGAAGCAUUGGUGCAGAGGUGCAUGCUUUCUGCUCAUCUGCAGGAACUGGCGGAUCGGAAUGCCUGGGACCGCAUUCCAUGGGACUACCACAGCCUUAGCAAGUUUGCGCAAAGCCCGGGACCGCUCGCAGUACCUAUACCUUCACCAGGCCUGCAGAACAAGAAGCUCCGAGUGGUGUGGAUUAAAGUUCCUCAAGUUCCUUUUGGUGACCACACAUGUUCAUCUGCGGUCAAGCAAGACCUUCUCUUCGAAAGACCGGCAACAUGGAGCAUCAUUCAAGACUUCGUGGCCAAAAGUGGGUGGGUAAAGUUUGGCUGUGAGGUCUUGGUCUUCCUCGGGGAGAACAUUGCCUUGUACGCAGAGCCGUCCAAGUCCCACUACCCGCGCGACGAACUGCGGCGUCGAAAAAACCCUGCAGCCACCCUCCUCAACAGUGACAAGGACCUUUCGGCGGUCGAUGCCAUCUGCGGAAAAGCUCUACUUGUCCGACAAGAUGGUAAUGACCUGCUGAAGGAGACAGUGGAGAAAGCGUGUUUCUUCAUUGACCUUUUGAACGCGCUGCAAGAAUCUUUCGACGCUGAGCUUGGAAGAGCAAGUGCAAAGAAUGAGAGAAGAGUGGCAGCAAACUUUUCACAAAGCCAUUGCAAGCUGGCCUGUAGACCAGAUAGGCGAUGCAUUGCAGAAUGA